CGUUUCUCCAGCUGAGUCCAGGGGCUUUGGCCACCCACCUUUCCUCCAGCCAUCGUCGAGGAAAGGGCGGGGGCAUGUUGAGGAGCACGUAGGUGUUUUUAAAACAAUACAGUUCCAUUUCAGACUCGGAUCCAGAAAAGAAAGAUGCGAGCUCCUGUCUGGAUGAGAACCUCAUCUGUCGCAUUUCUUCUCGCUCGGGACUUUUUCCUGGGCAGGGGAAAUCAGUCAUCACAGAUUUUACGAAAACGAAAGGCAACUGCUGAACUUCCGGAAGCGCUGGCGCAACGCUCAGCGGUCGGGCGGCAGCGGAGAGCACAGCCAUGGACCCUUCGUCGCGGCCUUUGUCCAAGUCGGCCGGCAACGCCAAGUUCUCCGAGACCUCGGACGCGUUCCUCCACCCCACCGCUGUAUUCUUCAGCACUUGUGGAAUCUGAGGAUCAUGAGCCACAUAAUUAUGAUAGAAAUUUUGAUGUUGAAGCAGUAAAGAAAGAAAUCUCUAGAGGAUGGAGGUUGAAAUGCACAUUUUGUGGUAAAAGAGGAGCCACUGUGGGAUGUGAUGAAAAAGCCUGUUCCAAGAAUUACCACUUUUUCUGUGCCAAGAAUGACUACGCAGUUCUACAGACUGGAUCUAAUGGAAUUUAUAAUGUGUUUUGCCAACAACAUGCUCCACCGAAAGAAACUCAAAUUGACCAACCCUCAGUAGAGUGUUUGUCUCGUGUCUUCCAUCCUCACCACAGUGAGAAGACUACCCCAAGACAAGCUCAUUUUUCAGGAGGGAAAAGAAAAAGGAGAAGGAGGAACGUUUCCUCAACAAGUUUGCAUGUACAGCCACGUGAACUAAUGCCAUUAAAUACACCCAUAAAACAAAUGAAGGAAGAUGGCAAACACACAGUUAUGAAAGCUGCUUUUCUUAAGAAAUGUAAAGAAGUGGGACUUCUUAAUGAUUUAUUUGAAGAACUAUUAGACAAACUCCAUUUGGUUCAGGAAAGACUCAUGGAUGAAACGACUUCAGAAUCAGAAUAUGAAGAAAUUGGGACUUCACUUUUUGACUGUAGAUUGUUUGAAGACACAGUUGCACAUUUUCAUGCAGCGUUAGAGAAUAAAAUUCAUCAAUUUGAAGAAAAACAGAUGCAGCUGAAGGAAGAGACUGAGCUACUUCAGGAUUUAAAACAAACCUUGUGCUCUGUUCAAGAAAAUAGAGACCUUAGUUCAAGUUCUACUUCAGUAUCUUCUCUAUCUUCUUAAGAAUUACCAUUUCAUAAGCCAGGACUCCGGCAUAGUCGCAAGCAGGCUGAAAACUGGAGCCCCGGCCUGUGCAAGCCCCAAAUCUUUAGGACAAAGCCUCUCAUGGCUCUCGGGAGGGCAAACCUCAGUCCUUACCAGCUCUCCCCUGUUCAUACCUGACUGGGUGUUUGCUGCCUCCCUCUUAUUAUCUCACUUCUCCUUACCUCUCCUCUCUGAUAAAAUGUUUCUCAGGUUCUGCUUGAGUAAAUUGGAUCAUACCUCCCAUCUCUCCCACCCUCAGUACUAAAACUCUUCCCUGGCUUCCUGCUGGUAUACGGCCUCCCACCCCUGGCCCACUCCUUCCUGCUGAUGCACUGCCUCUCACGCCUGCCCCACUUGGGUGACUUCCAGUAAUACACCAGGUGCUCCUAGCCCCAGGGCCUUUGCAUAUCCUGUUGUGAAGUCUUAACUGCUCCUUUGCCUUUCUCUGACUGCUUCUGCAGAUUUAAUGAUAUGAUGCAGAUCUGAUGAUAUGAUACGGGUUCGCCUACUUCCUCCUUCAUUCAUAUCACUUCCCAGUGUAACCCACCGUAUCUCACAUCACAUCAUUAGAGAAUAAGCUCUCUGAGGGCAGGAACUCACUAUUCUGUGUGUGCUCACUAUCACAUUCCCAGCAUAUUCAAUAAAUGUUUGUUGAAUAAAUGCACAAACGAUCUUUAUCUUUUGAGACUAGUUUCAGCCCAUCAUGCCUCUUAUAUAUAAUAAAUUUGAAUAUUCUGUUUUACUUGUACUAAAUUUACCUGUCUUCUCGUCACAAAGUCUAGUUUUUAAAUUUCGGCCACAGCCACCACAUGGGCAUACAUCAUCUUCAAAAUAAACAUUAAAAUUUAAAACUGGACUCUCAGAAUAAGACCAUCAGUGGGAAUAUGUAAGAAUGAAAAAAUAAAAGAUAAGAUUUUUCUCAAGCAAUUCAGAUUUUUAUGCCCCACCACUAUGUCUGACCCCUGAAAACCUCAUACACGUUUCUAAUUUUUUACUAUAGUACCCUAAUUAACUAAUGCUCCAUUUCAUAAUGAGUUUGAUCUGAGUCCCCAGCAUGGGGUCUGGCAUGUAGAAGUACUCAAACACUAUCUGAUGAAGGAAGAAUAUGAUGUAGAUGAAAAAGAACGUGUCCAUUCCUGUUGUAACAGCAACCCUAGCCCAAGUCAUUCUUACCUGAGGGACAAAAUAUUAAAUCAGUGGUUUUCAAUUUUAUGUGCACAUAAGAAUCACCUGGAGGAUGACCCGCUGAAUAAAGAUUUCCCCGGUCUAGAUAACUUCCUUUCCUGCUACGACAUCCUAUAGCAAAGCUUAUUUGAGUAACAGUUUUAACAACAUGAUCUUUAUUUAAAAGGAAACCUUUGUCCCCCACUUUACUUUCAAAUUUAACCUGUCACACAGGAGGUAAUCUUGGCACAAUGCCCCUUGUGUUUGGCAGUCAUGAAGUAGGCAAAUAUACUUAAUCACAUGCUACUGAAAACUUUAAUCAAAUUAUGUAAUCUACCCAAGUCUAAUUCUGCCCACCUUAUGGUACAAAACAUGGGCACUAAAAAAAGUGCGUGUGCAGCACAGGGCAUGACACAUGGCUCCGAGGACAAUAAAUGUUCUCACACACACACCCCUAACAGGCCCUGGGGCUUCAUUCGAAUCAAACAAACUAGCUUCUGGACGCUCUGCAAGGCUCAUUAGCUCCCACCUGUGCAUCACUGCUUGUGCCACUCAGCUGUUGUUCUGGAAAUGAGCUAAAAGACACUGUUCUCCCCCAACUGCACAAACAUCUUCAGAUACGCGUCUCAUGUUAACUCUUGGGUUUCCUCUCACUGUCAUGAAAUGCUGUUUACAAAUAUGUUAUUGUGCUGUUAAUUCCUGAACUUCUCUCUGCUUCCAAUAAUUUAUACAUUCUCUGAGGACAGGGACUAUGUCUUUCCCUUCAUUUAUGGGUAGUCCCAAAGGAUCCCGAUAACAUUUUUCUGCUGUGGCAGUUCAAUUGUACUAUCUUUCAGUAGGAAUAAAAUUAAAGGAUUUCUAUGCUCUGUGUGUGUGUGUGUAACAGUUGACAUAUAUGUGCAUGGUGGUACCUGUUUUUAGCCUGAUACCUGCUAAGAUUCAGUACUGAUUUUUAAAAAAUUAUUACAAAAUACACAUAACAAAAUUUACUAUGUUAACCAUGUUUAAGUGCACAGUUUUGCAGCAUUAAGCACAUUCACAUUGUUUUGCUACCAUAACCCCCGUCCAUCCACAGAACUCUUCUCAUCUUGCAGCCCCUGGCAACCACCACUGUACUUUCUGUCCCCCCAAAUCUGACUACUCUAGACAACUCAUAGAAGUGGAAUCACACAGUCUUUGUCCAUGUGGAACGGGCUUAUGUCACCUAGCAUAAUGUCUUCAAGGUUCAACCAAGUUGUAGCAUCUGUCACAAUUUCCUUCCUUUUCAUAGCUGCAUAUUACUGAUUUUUGAGGGGGGAAAAAACAACGAUGUGCCUGUUUUAACAUUAUUUAUUAACAUCAUUCUAAACAUUACAUAAAUACAACCUAUAUACUAGCGUAUCAAACAAGUUCCAGUAA